UUUAUCGAGUCUUCUACAGGAAUAGAAAAGCUAACUUUUUCACCGCUGUCUUGUGGUCAUUAUUGCUGUCUGAGAAAACAGACCAAACUCUGCUCCUGUUAGCAAACUCUGAAGUUUACUUAAUGCACAGAUCACACAGCACACAUCAAAAUGGCCUCAUACUUUGAUGAACAUGACUGUGAGCCCACCAACCCUGAGGAGCAAUAUCGUCAGAAUGCACUACUGGAGCUGGCCAGGUCCUUAAUGCAGGGUUUGGACCUGAUUGACUCCGGGGCAUUCGACCUGUCAGACUGGGACCAGCGGCUUCCUCCCCCGGCUGCCAAAACUGCUGUUCAGACCCUCACUGUGGUCGUCAUUUCCGCAGAACAAGCAGACAAAGGUUUGAAGUGUCCUGUGUGUUUGCUGGAGUUCGAGGAACAAGAGACGGUUCGAGAAAUGCCUUGCAAACACCUCUUCCACUCAGGAUGUAUACUACCCUGGUUGGGCAAGACUAACUCCUGUCCACUUUGCCGACUUGAGUUACCGACUGACAAUCCAGAGUAUGAGGAGUUUAAAAAGGACAAGGAGAGAAGAAAACAGAGGGAGCACCGACUUGAGGACCUGCAUGGAGCUAUGUACACCUGAUGAAAGUGCUGAAUGCUGCAAGAACAGCAAGCUGCAUUCAGCCCAAUUCCACAAAGAUGGAACCCUGUUUGAUGUACUGAGACCAUUUUGCUACCUACAAAAAAAAAAAAACCUCAAACAAAUCUAAAACUUUUCCACAGAACCCCCUCAACAGCGACUGGCAUCACUGGAUGCUCCAUUGUGUUAAAAUGAGAGUUUAUAUUAAAUGACACCAGCUUUGGGAACAUGAUAAUGGAACAUUUUAAAUGUGCUUUUUUUUAACCCGAUGUUUCCAAAUGGAGCAGAAAGCAGCUCUGAGCACUCUGACUUUAAAUUCCUUUUUUAUUUAAAUUUAUGAACUUCUAAUGUGCAUAAAAGCUGUACUUAUCAAGUAAAUGGAAAUGUUUAGGAAGAGGAAAUUAGCAGUGACUAUUUGUCAUACUUGGAAAGCUUGUUUUUUUUUCAUGUGCAUUUGUUUUGGCUAUUAAAGCUGGCAAUAUGAGGUAUGUAUAUAUAUGGAUACAUAAUUUUUAUGUAUUUAUGAGGUGAAAUGAAAUCAUUUACCAAAGAAACCUUUGAGUCCCUUUUCCCAUCACAGACCUCCUGUGCAUUAGCAGACUGCGUAGCGCACUAAACUAAAUUUAGUUGAUGGGGGGUAAAAAAAUUAAACAAAAACCAGUUUGAUAAUAACUUCUCAUUUUUAUUUCAUAUUUGAAUAUAAAUCUCUGUCAAAAUAAAAGGCCUAAAUGAUAGACAAAAAUCAGACAUAUUUACAGAAUUUAUAAAAGGAAACAAUUUCUGUUGACUAUUUUAUACAGGGGGUUUCUCUGAUGCCUUCGUUAAUAUUCUAUAUCUUUUUUUUUUUUUUCAAAUUUACAGGACGUAGGAAGAGAGUACAUUUCAUAGACAUUUGGAUCUGUGUUGCGAGUGUUGACGUAAAAGUCAGGCGGCCUUCUAAAACAUAAGGCUCCACACAAACCCUUAAACGGUGCACACAAUGAUCUAAGAACAAAACAAAAAAGAAAAGGAGAAAAUCUCCACCUUUCAUUGGAUUAUUUGGCAUGUUGAAUGGUUUUAAUGGUACAGAAGCUGUUUGGGCCCCGUUGUUUGGGCUCACAAGCUGCCGUUUAGAGUUGCACGUUGACUUGGUUACAGUAUGGCAAAAAAAAAGGCUACAGCUAAACAUAAGUCAAAUAUAAUAAAAAGAAAGUUUCUUAGGCAGAGUACAUGGGAUAAGGCUGAAAACAGUGCACUUCAUACUAACUCAUACCGCCGCAUCGGACACACACACACACACACACACACACACAUAUAAAUGGAAAGAAAACUGUAUACUCCAGUCUUUUUUGGCAUGGUUUUCUGCAGUCCAACAAAAAUGUCAAGUUCAAACUUUUUUGCACAGUAAGCGAUGAGAGCGCCGUGUGCUCAUUCAGCUUAUGUAACAGCAUAACCCCAGCUCUGUCACAUUCGGACACUUGUGGACGCAGCUGGAAAAUACUGAACCUUGACCAAAGAACAAAAAAAAUAAAAAUAAAAAUGCUUCCAACAAGUUGGAAAGCUGCAUCUCCCAUCUUUCACAUCAGACCCACAAAAGAGGUAGGAGACGUGACCUUUUGAAAACGUGUAUUGCUGGCAUCCUGUGUGUUUGACGAAAUAAAACGCGUCAAGCAGAAGGACAAAAAAAAAAAAACCCCAACAGAUUA